UUCAGGUGAGCAGCUGCUCAUCGGGGCGGCCGGGCGGCCCCAGGGCCCAGCAUGCGCGGGGGCCCCCGCGGCCACCAUGUACGUGGGCUAUGUGCUGGACAAGGAUGCCCCCGGGUACCCCGGCCCCACCAGGCCCGCCGGUCUCGGCCUGGGCCCGCCAGCCUACGGCCCCCCGCCCCCGGGGCCCCCUCAGUACCCCGACUUCACCGGCUACUUGCACGUGGACCCGGGCCCCGGGCCCCCUGCGGCCUGGAGCACGCCCUUCUCCGCGCCCAAGGACGACUGGGCCGCCGCCUACGGCCCGGGCCCCGCAGCCCCCGCCGCCAGCCCGGCCCCGCUGGCAUUCGGGCCCCCUCCGGACUUGAGCGCGGUGCCCGCGCCCCCGGGGCCCGGCCCAGGCCUCCUGGCGCAGCCCCUGGGCGGCCCCGGCGCACCGCCGUCGCCCGGAGCGCAGAGGCGGACGCCCUACGAGUGGAUGCGACGCAGUGUGGCGGCUGGAAGCGGCGGUGGCAGCGGUAAGACCCGGACCAAGGACAAGUACCGCGUGGUCUACACCGACCACCAGCGCCUGGAGCUGGAGAAGGAAUUCCACUACAGCCGCUAUAUCACCAUCCGGCGGAAGUCGGAGCUGGCCGCCAAUCUGGGGCUCACCGAACGUCAGGUGAAGAUCUGGUUCCAAAACCGGCGGGCAAAGGAGCGCAAAGUGAACAAGAAGCAGCAGCCGCCGCCGCCUCCACAGCCACCCCCAGCAGCCCACGAUGUCACCCCCUCUCCAGCUGGGCCACCUGGGGGCCUGUGCCCCAACUCCGCCAGCCUCCUGGGCGCCUCCUCCCCAGUGCCUGUCAAAGAGGAGUAUCGGGCCUAGUCCCCACCAGCUGCGUGGGCUGGAAGCUGGUGCCCCUGGGGCCCAGGAGGCGCGCGUCUCGGCCCUGCCACCUUCUAGGUCACCAUGGACAACCCCCCACCGAGCCCCUCGUCCCCCGCCCGUCUGUGCACGAGCUGCUGCCUG